UAAAAAAGCGCCUCCUUGUUCCUGUUCACAGUGCCUUUCCGCGCACAGUGCACAUAACCAAAGUGGAUACGAGUUCGUCUUGUUAUCCAUAAAUAAAUGUUGGUUAUUAUUUUUGGAAAAUCGUGCACAUGUCAACGUUAGCGUCAAAUCAUUAGGACAGAUGGAUUUCGGCGCUGAUUAAGCCUGGAAUAAGGCGUCAAUACUGUAAAUAUGCGGAUUUUAUUUGGGAGCUUGCAGAAAGGACAAGAUGCCAUGUUUUUAUGGGAAGGCAAUGUUUCACAGAAGAAUGGUCAGACAAAUUGUGAUUGCUCCUCUGAAGACUUCAAUAAACCGAAGUUGUCUUAUGCAUUUGUAAACAGGAUGAAAGUUACAAUUUGCUCGAAGAAUAAACUGCAACAGAAACAAAGCAUUACCUUGGACUCCAGUAAACACAUCAUAAUAGACCUAGCAACACAGUUGGAUAGAAUCACAAAGGUGUCUGGAAUAUCUUUAGCUUCCAUUCUGGUUGAUGACUUGUGUUUAAAGGAUUGUACAAGUUUUAUAUUCAGGUGGUCUGAGAAACUGAAAUGUUUGAAGUCAACAAACAAGGCCAAGGUUUACUCUACUGCAAGAUUUAGAUGUUCAGAAGGUAUGAAAUUCUAUACAGAUCAAACAUUGACUGAAGAUCAUAAAGAUUUGCUGUGGUGGAUUCAUAUUUUGCAGUCAAUUCCCAAGUCUUCGGUGUGUCAAGAAGGAUCUGCUAGAGUUGAGUUGCUAAAUCUCUACAGUCAGUGGAAAAAAGGACAGUUGAAAAACAUGCUUCCUAUCAUGGACUUCAUUAUGAGAGCAUUACUUAAAGAAAAGGGUUCAAUAUUGAAACAGAUGCUUCAACACAGAUCAUCACAGAAGUGGAGACAGAUGAGAAUAUGGAUAUCUGACUGCAUACCUACAGAUUAAUGUGUUUGAUGUGAUUGUUUAUGAUUGCAUUCACUUGUAUAUCACUUGUAAUAACAUUUUUGAUUGCUUUUAUUGACUGAAGAUAAGCACUUUAUUUUUUUAUUUUUAUUAAAACUUUCACAUUGUAUGCACCGUAAUCAAGUUUGUUUUACAAAAAAUACCCAGCUUUUUCGCCACAAUCUGCAACCAAGAACAUAAAUGUUAAAGAUAAAGAGUUUACGUCAUCCCAGAAAGGUUGUCUUUUGAGGUUAACUGUUAAAGGAAUGGAGUCAGCUGCUAAAUGAUCUUAGAAUACAUGCUGAUGUGUUUGAAUUGUCAAAGCUUUUUGCUAUACAUCCUGUGGUGGCUACUGAGCUGUUGGUUGCUAGAUGAUGCAAAAACUCCUUUUGCAGCUUUAAAUGCUGCUUUAAAUGAUUUUAUCUUUGUGUUCAGAAAACAGACUUGCAAAAAUGAAAUGAAACCAAAUUAUGAAAUGUGUAUAAUGUUGUGCUGUAAAUGAGAUCCAAUAUUCAUCGAGUAAUAUCUGAAGCUGUUCUAAGUGACACAGAUUAUGUGAACAUAAUUUUGUGCAGUUACCCUGAAACCCUUGUGGGUUUGUGAUCAUGCUUUGUUUGGGCUUGUUGAGCUUGUCUCACAAAAAAGCUUUCAGUUUCUCAAUUGCAUAAUCUGUAAACAUUACAGCCUUAUGUCUUUGUGAUCAUGCUUUGUUCGUUUGUGUGUGAUGAUGCAGUUGUAGUAAAGGUCAGGUUGGUCAAGUGUGCUGUCUGUCUAGUUAGUCUAUGUAAAAGUCAAAAGCUGUUUUAGCCAGUGAAUACAUGUUUUGUCAUAUAAGUCUUUUUUUAUUUUCCCAUAUCCUGUUUAUGACUCAUUUGUUCUACUUUUACUUUCAGUUUUGACAGUUCUUAUGUGUGUUUUUGAGAAUGGGACUUUUUAAAUAAACCCUUUAGGCAACUUA